AUGGGAGGCAUCCUAGUCGAUCGAUUUGGGAAACCAGUAGCUUUUCGUGAAGGUGUUGCUGCAGCACGUAGGAUAACUGUCCAGGUGGCGAUCAGCUCUGUCACGAAGCAGGAUGGGCAUGGCAUUUCGCUGGCGCUACUCGGUGCUGUCGCCGACCAGCUACAGCUGCUGGCAUCCCUGGGCUAUGACCUACAGCUCGUGAUGUCGG